AUGUCUUCAACAACCACUCAAAGCAGCACCCAAGCCGGGCAACUCGGCCUAGGAGACACCCACAAAUACGACUACUCCAACCUCACACCCUACACCCACCCACCAGAAACCAAAGAGUCCCUCCCCUGGGCCGAACUAGUCACCCUCGAUCUAGGAGACUACCACCGACCAGGCGGUAAAGAGCAUCUCGCCUCACAACUCUCCCACGCCGUCCACCACGUGGGCUUCUUCUACGUCAAGAACUUCGGCCUCAGCCAGCAGCAAAUCGACAACCAGUUCACGCUCGCUAAGAACUUCUUCUCUCUGCCCAUCUCGGAGAAAAAGAAAUAUGAAAUCGAUUAUGAGAAAGCUGAUUACAAUGGCUGGAGGCGGCCUGGACGGGGAAAAGUCUCGGCUGCGAAGGACAAUGUGGAGAUUUUCAAUAUUCCAAAAUUCACCAAGGAUUUCGAGGGGAGGUAUAAGUUGCCGGAUCUGGUGCAGGCGCAUCUAGAUGAGAUUGAGGUGUUUUCCAAGGCGUUGCAUAGUAAUGUUGUUUUGCCGCUCUUGCGACUCUUUGCGAUUAUUUUGCAGCUGCCGGAUGAGGAGUACUUGGUAAAGCAGCAUACGUAUGAGAAGAAAAGCGAGGAUCAUUUCAGGUAUAUGAUUUAUCAUAAGCGGACUCCCGAGGAGCAUGAGGCGAGUGGGUAUGGACAGUCGACUGGACAUACGGAUCUGGGGACCGUGACGCUGCUGUUUCGGCAGCCGGUUGCGGGACUGCAGAUCCUGGGCGAUGAUGGGAAGUGGACGUAUGUUUCUGCGCAGCCGGGAACGAUCACGGUGAAUCUGGCGGAUACGAUAUCGCAUUUGACGGGAGGGUGGCUGAAGAGUUCGGUGCAUCGCGUUGUGGCGCCGCCGAGGGAUCAGUGGGGGUAUGAUAGGACGGGGUUGUUGUACUUUGCGAGGCCGCAUAAUGAUACGAUUUUGAAUCCGAUUCUGGAUUCGCCUGUUUUGCAGAAGGCGGAGGUGAAGCCGAAGUUUGAUAAGCCGAUUUCGAUGGAGGAGUGGGUGAAGGCGAAGCAGACGCUGCAGUUGAAUCCGGAGAUUUCGAGGAAGAAGUAUGAGGAGUCUGGGGAUGGAACUGUGGAGCUUAUUGGGGGGUUUAGAGAUCGAAAGUACAACUGA